AUCGCUGUGACUUAGAAAAGUCAGCAAGUGAACGUUGCGGAGUUCUUUGCCAUCAUCACGACAUCGUAUUGAGGCCACAACCACCCACCGGAAGCUCCAAAAGAACCAAAACCUGCAAAGCUUUUCAACCUAGAACCGACAAUUUUGGUAUACAAAUGGCGCAAAACCAGAGAUCCAAGAGUAUUAUUGAUUCUCUUGGUGAAGAAAUAAUAAGAAUCAUAGCACCGGUCUCAAUCUGUAUGUUCAUGGUGGUUCUUAUGGUAUGCGUUCUCAACACAGACUCUUCUGAUUCAGCUUCAUCAUCAGUGCCCACAAUAGCCACUAUAGCCUAUGCUGAGACCGGCAAUGACUCCUGGUGGGACAAAUUGAAAGGUGCUCUUUUGAAUUCGCUUGUGUUUGUGGCUGUUAUCACUCUUGCUACCUUCCUUAUGGUGCUUCUGUUUUACUUCAGAUGCACUAGGUUCUUGAAAUUCUACAUGGGUUUCUCUGCUUUUACUGUUUUGGGAUUUAUGGGUGGGGAAAUUCUGCUAUUUUUGCUCGAAGAUUUUAGGAUACCAAUAGACUGUAUCACUUUUUUGGUGGUAUUGUUCAAUUUCGCCGCUGUGGGUGUUUUGGCAGUUUUCAUGUCCAAAAUGGCAAUAUUUGUGACUCAGAGCUAUUUGGUUGUUAUUGGGGUUCUGGUAGCUUAUUGGUUUACUCUCUUACCUGAAUGGACUACUUGGGUGCUAUUGGUUGCCUUGGCAUUAUAUGAUCUUGCUGCAGUUUUGUUGCCUGUUGGGCCAUUAAGGCUUUUGGUAGAGCUUGCAAUAUCAAGGGAUGAAGAAAUCCCUGCAUUGGUUUUUGAAGCUCGGCCUGUGGUGAUUGAGGAUUCGGGUCCUGGUGGCCCUGCAACUCAAAGGAGAGUGUGGAGAGAAAGGAGAAAUAUUGGGAAUUCGUCUGGGAAUGCCAGUAUUGGGUCUAACUCCACUACAAAUGUCGCCACCUUUCCUGCACCGGGUUCAAAUUUUGCUCCUGGUUCAGUUUUAUCAGUUAGUAGUGAUAAUAAUAACAAUACAAGGCUCAUAAGUACUGAAGAUACUGAACUUUCUGCACCGUUGAUUGAUCAUAGGAUUACUUUGCAAUCGAAUGGCCUGGAAGAUGCACUGUCUAGUGAGAGUUGGUCACUAGAGCGUAUUGGCUUGGGAUCAGCUGGCGCUAUCAAACUGGGACUGGGUGACUUCAUCUUUUACAGUGUAUUAGUUGGCAGGGCAGCUAUGUAUGAUCUUAUGACAGUUUAUGCAUGCUAUCUUGCUAUUAUAGCAGGGCUGGGAGUUACAUUGCUGCUGUUGGCACUCUAUGAAAAGGCAUUGCCUGCUCUUCCUGUUUCAAUUGCUCUAGGCGUGUUGUUCUAUUUCCUGACUCGCCUUGUGCUUGAAGUUUUUGUUGUUCAAUGUUCUUUGAACCUUCUGAUGUUUUAGAAAUAAAAAUUGUUAUUGUGUUUGGUGCUCAGUUACUGUAGUAGCAUGGCAAAUACAUUAUUAUAAUUGUAGCAUGCUUUCUUUAUAACGGGUAGCAUUGAAGUCGGUUUCAUAUUUUAUGAAAACAUGAAAAUAAGUGAAUCAGUUUCAGAUAAAUGAAGACAACUGAGCAUAAAUAAUCAAAGGAAGUUCAGAGUUUUUUUUUGGUAAGUACAUUUAGAGCAUGUUGUUAGAAGCUGAACUGGAUAUGGGAAAACUUUAAGAGUUGCAACGCAAUAGGAAAGUUUGCUGCGAGAUGUUUGGGACUUCUGAAAUUUGAGAAUGAAACUGUAUUGAGGCAAGAACGAGGCAUUUUUGGAAGCUGUCAAGCUGGACAAAUGCAGGAAGCAAUACUUUUCGGGCACAAGGAGUCCUCAUUAUGAAAAAAAAAAUUAGAGGAUGUAAUGGAGAUUUUUAUUCAUGAAGUUCUAGUCAACUUUAAUGAAGAAUUUUAUUCCUUUA